GUUGAAAUUACGACAAUAGCAUAGGAAGACGGCUGGACACGUGGAUGCGAGAUACGUCCGAACGGAGAGUGCCGAACUUCAGACGUGAAGGCACACACUUGACGCCGAGUGUAACGCAAAGGGAGAAAGCGGGUCGGUAAUCCAGGAUUAUUUCACCUCGGCGAGCCGACACGGCGAUUCUAUGAAUGUUAAUCGGCCAGGUAGCAUAAUCCGCCGAGAACGUCGGCUUUCGCCAGGCGGAAGCUCUGAGUCAGCGAAAAAGCGGGCAGACUCGGGCCGGAUUCGUUAUACUCGAUGAUGCCGGCAGAUCCUUGGUGGGGAAAUUCAAGGACCUGCUGUAUUUGAAUCGAUACUUCUUCCCUUUGAAACACCCAAGUGGAGCACAAAGCGACACGCUGGCGUUACCAUACUGUAAGACUGUUUGCAAAAACACAGGUAAUAUGUGAAAGAAAUAUUGUACACAUAUAUAUAUUGUACGUAUAUAUAUAUAUAUAUAUAUAUUCAUGUCUCAAAUGUUUGGGAAACAUUUUAAUAUUAUAACGAAAUUUUCAUUAUAACGAAAACAAUUGAAAUAUUGCUAAUAUGCCUUAGAGGUAAACGAUAUAUCUUGACAUUCGACGGUAACGUUUUUAAAAUAUUGACACUUGGAUCUUGUGAGUAGAGGGAGAGAGAGAGAGAGAGAGUAACAUCACCGACCGUCAGAUGGCGCCACUUGGAGCUACUUGACUUACGAAAAUAGAAUCGAGUUUGCAUAAAGGCGUUUCACACAGCAUUACGAUGUCAGAGAGAAGAACGUGCGAUUUUUUAAUUGCUUUACUGGAAAUAAAUCUUGGAUACAUCGUCUUUGGACACUUCGUCAAAUAAGGAAAUUCUAUCUCAUAGUGAACGUUAAAAGGCAAGUUGAGGAUUACGUUUGUACUUGGAAUUUUAGCAGAAUAAAGCUGACUUAUGACUGGCCUCGUCAACUCCGGUUAACUUAAUCGGUCGGUUAGAUUUAAGAGUGCAAACUUAAAACUGAUCGUUACUAAUUAAUUAUCACGACUUACGAGUUCUUGAAGUUUUGCUAUCGGCAACUCUUAAAUUUAAUCUACUAACUAGCCGGACUUGGUGAGACCGGCUUUUAUAAUUUUAAGAUAAUGUUUUUAUGCGCUCGAAAUCUUUAUCUAAAUUAACAUUUUUUUUACCUUUUUUUACUACACAGCGGUUCACAUCAUCGAUCACAAAAAGAACGACUUUUUGGUUUAAGACUCGAGACACAAUACAGUCGCAUUGUGCGUUACUUACGACAAAGACUUAAAAGAUAAAACUGUCUUGACAAACCGAAAUCAUCAGCCAUUCUGCUAAAGCCCUUAGCGUUCCGUGCAUGCGCGCCAAUUCCGCCUACCAUGUUGUUUCUCCCAUAUCGAUAUCUCGCUAAUACGCAGAACGCAGAACGACAUCAGCUCUGAAAUGGAAGCGAAAUGUUCACGCUUACUUACUAAUACCUGCCUCCUUGAUCAAUCGAUUUCUCUCUAUCGUUCGUUUUUUCUCUGAAAAAUAUUUAUACUUCGAUAGUAUCGAAACUAUCGACCGUUGGCGCUCGGCUUCGAUCGGUCGACUUCGUGGCGUCGCGUCGCGGGUCUGAAGCCGCGCGCGAGUCAACGAAAGGUGAAUCAGUUCGCGUUGGUGCGGUCGACGAGACGCGUGGGUAAUAGUUCGCGGCUACCGGGACUCUCCGAGAGUCGAGUGAAUUCCUCGGCAGCCUUUCUCCGUGGGUAGGCUCGGCGCGUGUCGCCGGCGAAUGAAGCAAGCCAACCGGGUGAUCGAGCGAUGGCAGCGUGCAUCAGCGAACAGGCACCAUCCGCGUCGGUGAAUGUCGCGAGGAAGCCGGCCUCGUCGACGGCCGCCGGCAAGCCGACCUGCUGGCAACACCGGCUGCUCGGCAAGCAGCUCGCGCGCUGCAGCCAGGUUAACAACGCGCGCGACGCCAAGACAAAGCCGCUCGAUGCGACCGCUUCGCUCGUCACCGAGGACGGCCGGCCGGUAUGCGAGAUCAUCGGCAUGUACUUCAGUUUCGUGAACCCCGGUGCCACCUGCGACGACUUCACGCGUCAGCUGGUCGAGCUCUACGCGAGUGUCAACGCGGACAACGGCGAGCGCAGGAAGAGAUUCGAGGUGGUGCACGUGGUACUGUGGAGCAACGUGACCGACGUGCUCGACUUCGAGGAGAGCUUCCGCGCCCACGUAGCCGAUCUGCCCUGGCUCGCCGUGCCGAACAACGAUUACGAGAGGAAGACCAGGCUGACUCGAAGGUAUCGGAUAAAGGCGGGUGUACCGACGCUGAUUUUACUGGAGGGCUCGAACGGGUCCGUAGUGACGAGAGGGGGAGUUGAACGAACCGUCGCCGAUCCUGCCGGUGCGGAAUUCCCUUGGAGACCUCCGCAUCCAAAAGCUGCCCUUGAGGAUGGACCUCUCCUGCCUUGCGGCGGCCGGGACAGCAAUGAACCCAUGUUGCACGAGGAACUCCGCCACUGUUUCAAGGGAGUGUAUUUCAGUGCACACUGGUGUCCACCUUGUAAAGCUUUUACACCGCAACUCGUGGAUACGUACCAGCGAAUCCGGGAGAGAGGCCACGAUUUUGAAGUGAUCUUCGUGAGUUCGGACAGGAGCGAGGAUUCUUACAAUGCGUACACGGAGACAAUGCCUUGGUUGAAGAUACCUUUUAGCCAAGAAGAGAGACGUCGGAAAUUGGCAAGGGCUCUCGACGUUCAAGCAAUACCGACUCUGGUCAUUCUGGAUCCUCGCGACAACAUAAUCACUCUAGAUGGACGCACCGAGCUGAUUGAGGAUCCGGAGGGACUGAAUUUUCCCUGGACGAGCAGAUUGGUGAACAUUUUAACAGAAAAAUAUGCUACAUCGUUGCACGAUGCUCCGGCCAUUAUCUUGUUUGUUGAGGGAGAAGACUGCGAGAUUCAAUUUGGGGAAAGCGUAUUACUGCCAACCGCACAAGCGUACAGAAGGGAUCGGCCAGAUUAUGAUCCAAACUAUGAUGAUCCUGACGACGAUACUUUGCAGUUUUAUAUAGCUCUAGAUUGUGAAACGUCCGACAUUCUUCGUGAAUUCAUUGGUUUGGAUGACGCGGUACCUCUCCUGACUGCUAUCGACAUUCCGCGAGGGAUUUACGUGGUGAUGGAGGAUGGCGCUGAGAUUACCGUGGACUCCGUACAACAGUUCGUCGAUGGAUUUCUCAAUAACAAAUUGCCGACAAAUAAAAUAGCGGCAGUCCGCAAAACAUCAAAAACCGAACAUGUGCCGGCCUAAAGCCAUAGCAAGAGCUACGUUAAUUAAGCGAAAUAUUUCUACUUGUCAGAUUUUUAUAAGAGAAGGAGUUGCUCGAGUGUCAGAUAAAACCAAACCCCUCUCCUCCUUUUUUUUUUUUUACUCCUGUCUCUGUGAUACCGUCGCUCUUUUCGUAGGAAGAAUUCCGCGCGUCAGUCGUACUUGGUCUUGCAUAAUCCUCCGCGGAUGUAACCAAAAGAUGUAUGUAUCAUAGCCAAAAAUAAAUCGAUCAAAUUGUAUUUUUAAGUGUACACACGCACACGAGAAAAAUACGUUAAUAUAUUAUAUAUUACUUAAUAAAUGCCGGUGUGGGCGCACUUUUAA